AUGGCUUCUUCCCAGCUCACUGGGACCCUGGCGUCCAUCGCAAACCGCUCGAAUGCAGACAAGACACAGGCAUACACUGACCUGCUUCGCCAGUUGACUCUCUCGCCGUCCCGUGAGCCUGAAGAACACGCCGCGAACCUCACAGCCUACUUUGACUCGUUAUUCUCUUCUUCUCUUGGUAUCAUCGCCAUUCGUCCUCUCGUGGCCAACCUCAUCGAAAGUCUAGCACCGGCACCGGCGGAGACUAAAGUCCAGGUGGGGUCACACAUCACUGAAGCCCUACAGUCUCAGUUGGCCUCGUAUGAGGAGCAGGAUGCAAGAGUCAGGGAGAUACUAGCGGACGGCUAUGAAGCGGAGGGAGAGUACACGGCCGCUGCGAAGGCACUGCAGGGGAUCCAUCUGGACACCACCCAGCGACAGGUCUCCGACCGGUUCAAGGUCGAACUCUGGAUUCGCAUCGUACGUUGCUACUUGGAAGAAGACGACACCGUGGCGGCAGAGACGGGCUUGAACAAGAUCAAGAACUCGGCGGCUGCAGCCCAAAUCUUGAAGGACGCUCCCGACCUGCGGCUGCACUAUCAAUUGUCGCAAGCCCGCAUCUUGGAUUCUCGGAGGGAUUUCCUGAAUGCCUCGGCCGAGUAUCUGAGCGUGUCACAUAACACCAUGAUCGACGAGGCAGAGCGACGCAUGAUCCUCUCGGCCGCCAUCAAGACAGCCAUUCUCGCCCCAGCAGGACCUCAGCGCAGCCGCGUUCUGGCAAAAUUGUACAAGGAUGAGCGCUCUCCGGAGACGCCGCAAUACCGUAUUCUGGAGAACAUGUUCUUGGACCGCUUGCUAUCGCCAGGAGAAGUGGAAUCCUUCGCUUCGACACUGGCUCCCCAUCAACUCGCCAAAACGGCGGAUGGCGGUACCGUCUUGAGCACGGCAGUGAUUGAGCACAACCUGCGUGCCACCAGCCUCCUCUACGCGAACAUCACCACCGCUUCGCUUGCUCGGCUUCUGGGUCUCCGGGAUAGUAUGAAUCAGUCUGCUGCUGAAAUAGCCCAAGAUUACGCCGCAAGAAUGGUGGAGCAGGGCAGGUUGCGAGGGCAGAUUGAUCAGAUAGCUGGAGUCAUCGAUUUCGAGACCGUUCCCGGCGUAGAGCUGAGGGGUCCAGUCCGCGAUCUCCGCGAGUGGGAUCAGAAUGUGCAAGGGUUGGUAGAAGAUGUGGAGCGCGUGGCUGCUGGUAUCAGUGAGAGCUUUCCGGUAAGCAAGACAUGUGAAACGGAUGUGCUUUUGGCCUGA